AUGAGUGUGAUAGAAGCUCUCCAUAUAUUCGAUGAGCACAACACACCUCUUCUCGAACACACCUAUACUGGUCGACCGCCGCCUGCCAGCAUUCUACUCCCACUAUUCCUCUCACAACCUGAUCCGAGACCUUCACUGAUAUAUCUACCGAAUACCAAUCCGCCGACGCUUCUUUACUCGAUAAUCCAGGACCAGCUACUCUUCCUAGCUCCAUGUUCCAAGGAUACAGAACCGCUACAGGUGCUGGAAUUUCUUCACAGGGUUGCAGAUGUUCUUGAAGACUUCCUAGGAUCGCCUUUAUUGGCUAGCAAAAUAGAAGGGAAUUACGAUGUUGUGGCGCAAUUGUUGAACGAGAUGGUGGACGGAGGUGUGAUAUCUUGCACUGAACCCAACGCACUGAAGGACGUAGUGGAGACACCGAGUUUCAUGAAAAGUCUACUGGGAGGAGUGGGAUUGCCUAGUUCAGCACCAUCUUCUUUGACGCCGUCCGCGACGCCAUUUUCGCUCACUUCGCGACCUUCCCUGGGCCGACCGACCUCGAAUCCAGCAAACAAUGCACCUUCGGUGCCCUGGCGGCGCGCAAAUGUCCGUCACACAUCCAACGAAAUGUAUGUCGAUAUCGUCGAGACGUUACAAGUCACGAUAGCGCCAUCGGGACGACCACUCUCCGCGAUUGCCAAUGGCACAAUAGCAUUCACCGCGAAAGUAUCUGGAGUACCGGAUCUACUACUGUUGCUGGGAUCACCUGGUGGGAUCUUGAACACCGUUUCCCUUCCCGUAUUCCAUCCUUGCGUCAGAUUGAACCGAUGGAAAGAGAGACCAGGCGAGCUCAGUUUUGUGCCUCCGGACGGUCGAUUCGUACUCGCUGGAUACGAAGUCGACCUUCUUGGUUCAAGAGCUUUGGAUUCCUUCUCUACGGCUUCAAAAGCAGGUUCUGCGCCCAAACUGAAAAUCCCCGCCACAGCCUCGAUAGCUACGUCUAUGGGACCUAGUGGUACGGAUUUCGAAGUUCGUCUCACGAUAAACCCACGUUAUGCCGGCAGACAAUCGAGCACACCGUCUAGCGCAACAGGGUCCUCAUUUCCCCGCGGUAGUGCUAUAGGUCGAGGCUUAGGAGGUACAUCAUUUGGCGGCACAGCCUCCGCAGGUACGACGGCCGCGCCUAGCAUUGAAGAAGUCGUCGUCCACAUCCCGCUUCCCGCUGGAGUAAAGAACGUCACCGACCUAAGAAUCGUACGAGGUGCUGGCGACGCCGGAUACGCGCCCGGAGAUCGCAGCAUCGAGUGGAGGAUCAGCCAGCGAGAAGUCAACAGCCUGAUGUCCACGGACCGAGGUUCAGGGAUGGGUGCCACAGCGACCUUACGCGGUACAGUCGUAGGUGUCGAUGAAGAGGAUGCUAGUGAGGGCGGUCCUGUUGGAAUCACAUCAAAUCCUUACGAGUAUGAUGACGAUGAAGAGGGAGCCAAUGCCUCCUCAUCAUACCAGACGCCAUCCGACCCAGUUCUCUCGAAGAACAAUAGUCUAGAAGACUCGGAUGCGCGACGGAUCAAACUCAACAAAGUACUCAUGCCAUCCUGUGUGACAGUGAGCUUCUCAGUAAAAGGUUGGCUGCCGAGUGGCAUCAAAGUGGAGAGCCUGGCAAUUGAUAGUAAGAGAAGUAAAGGGCUUGGUGCGGGCGUGACGCCGUAUAAAGGGGUCAAGUAUCUUUGUGUUAGUAGGAAGGGGGUCGAGAGUCGUUGUUAAUUGGACCCGAAAUGAAUAAAAUAUAAGGCUUGAAAGGCAUACAUUUUACUGGCGCUUUUUCCUCCCCUAAAGUACAUCUACUUCUAACAGCUAAGCAUACAAACAGACAGACUUGAUAAAACAGCAAAUGAU